CUUGUUCCUCUGGUGAACCAAGUGGGUCUCCCUCCUUUUUCCCCCUCUAGGUUAACUGGACUUACCAAAAGAUGCCUAAAAUCCUACAAAGCAUUGUCACUGUCAUCAAUAUUUUCUACCAAUAUGCCACUCAGGAUGGGGAGUGUGACAAGGUGAACAAGGCAGAACUGAAAGCACUUUUGAAAAAUGAGUUUGGUCAAAUUCUGAAGCAUCCAGAUGGUCCAGACACUGUAGAAACCAUCAUGCAAAAUCUGGAUCAGGACCAUAACAAGAAGAUUGAAUUUACUGAGUACCUUCUGAUGAUAUUCAAGCUGACUCAGGCUUGUAAGAAAAUCAUCAGCAAAGAUUACUGCCAAGCUUCGGGGUCAAAGCAAAAAGAUCACAGUCACCAGCACCAAGAGGGACAGAGUGAAACAGAAGAGGAGGAUGAAGGGCAAGAAUUGUCUUCUAGUCAUUCAAGUUGGAGUGAAGGAGAGAAUGAUUCCUAUUCCAGAGGCUCCAGAGGCAGCAUUAAACACAGGUCUGGGUCCAGCUCCAGAACUGGGCAUCAAGGAGGCUUGUCUAGUUCUAGGCACUGGCAAAGCGCUGGGGAAAGAAAGAGAGAGUCAAGUUCAGGCCACUUCAAGGAUAGUAAGAAUAACAAGCAUGGCUCUCAUCACCACAAAAGUUCUGGGAGUGAAGAAGCAGGUUAUACUGAUUCAAGCAACUGUAGAACAAGAUCAAACUCAGCAAAUUGGUCAGGCACUUAUGUGUUCCACCCAGAGGAUCAGUCUUUCAGUUCUGACCAACACUAGCCUGGCUCAAAUGAAUUUUUAGGGAAUAGACAACAUAAGAAGUAAGACAGGUGCUUGAAGGCAGGAUCAUGGAUUCACCUCAGGGAAUUCUGGAGGACAAGACCACUGGUCAAAUUCAAAUGAGCUCACUAGUCAUGGUCAUGGCUCUGGCUCAGGCCUCUCAACAGAGAUGGCAUGAAUCAAAUGAAGAAUAUCAAUCAGGAAACUGUGAAGAACAAGGAUACUGUUCUAGUUCAAGUGAGGUACCCAGUUAUGGAAAACACAAGUCAAGCUCAGGCCAGUCUUUUCAUCAAAGAAGACAUGGAUCUAGCUUACAUGGUCACUCAGAGAAUUGGGGGAAACAAAAAUAUGGACCUGGCUCAGGUAAUUCUUCAAGUUUUGAACAAUAUGGGAAUGGUUCAGGUCAGUCAUUCCACUAUGGAUAUUCCAGCUAUAAUCAUUUUUCUGGUCAGCGGCAACAUAGAUCCAGCUCAAGCUGCCUAUCAGGAUUUAACAGACAACAAAAACAUGGUUCUGAAUCAAGAGAGUCUUCAAGCUAUGAGCAUGUGGGUCUGAAUCAGGAGAGUCCAUAAGUAGUGGCAAAAAUCAAGCAAGCUCUUAUCUACCCAGAGGAAACAUAGCAGCAGCUCCAGCUAUCAGUCAGAAAGUUGUGGAAAAGAGAAGUAUGGGUCUGGCUCAGGACAACCUCCUAACCAUGGUCACCAAGAGUCGGGACCUGGAGAGUCUUCUAGCUAUGGGCAAUAUGGUUCUGGUUUCAGUCAUUCUUCUAGGCAAAAACAUCAUGAAUCCAACUCAGGUGGACAUCAGGGAGUUGUAGAAGACAAAAGCAUGGCUCAGGAUCAAGCCAAUGUUCUAGUUACAAAAAAUAUGGAUCUGGCUCUAAACAGAAAUACCACGAGUCUAGAUCAGCAUCCAGUUUAGGUCAGGCAUCCAACUGUGGACAACAUGGAUCUGGGUCUGGUUAGUCUUCCAGAUUUGGUCAACAUGGGUCUGCAUCGGGACAUACUUCCGGGUAUGAAGAACAUGAUUCAGGCUCAGGUCAGCCUCCAAGAUAUGGUCAAUAUGGAUCUCGAUCAGGUCAGUCUUCUGGCUUGGGGCACAAUGGAUCUUGUGUAGGUCAGUCAUCAAGCUAUGGACAACAUCAAUCUGGAUAGGGUCAAUCUUCCAACUAUGAAAGACACAGUUCUUCUUUAGGUCAGUCCUCUGGCUUUGAACAACAAAGGCUUGGAUCAGGUCAGAGUAGCUGUGGCCAACACAGGUCAGGCUCAGGACAGUCCUCUCACAGAGUCCAACAUGGAUCUGGAUCAGAUCAAUCCUCUAGCUGUCAACAACAUAGUUCUACCUCAGGACAGUCAGCAAGCUAUAGCCAAAAUGGAUCUAGCUUAGGUCACUCUACUAGCUGUGGUCAACAUGGAUUUGACUCCAGUCAUCUAGCUGUGGCCAACAUAGUAAUGGAUCAAGCCAACCUCUUAUUCAUGGCCAACAAAGGUCUGGAUCGAGUCAGACUUCUAGCUAUGGACAACACAGGACUAGAUCAGGUCAGUCUUCUGGCUUUAGACAACAUGGGUCUAGCUCAGGACAGUCUUCUGGCUUUAAUAAGCAUAGAUCUAGCUUAGGUCAAUCCUCUAGCUAUGGACAACAUGGUUCUACAUCAGGACAUGCAUCCAGCUAUGGCCAACACAUACCUAACUAUAGUCAGUCUUCUAACCACAGUAGACAUGGGUCUGGCUCAGCUCAGCCUUCUGGCUUGCAUCAGCAUGAAUCAGGUUUAGGUCAUUCAUCAAGCUAUGGACAACACAAAUCUGGAUAUGGUCAAUCUUCUAGCUUUAAGACAUGGUUCUGCUUUGGGUCAGUCCUCUGGCUUUGGACAAGAAAGGUCUGGACAAGGUUAAUCUAGCCAUGGCCAGCACAGGUCUGGUUCAGGUCAGUCUUCUAAUUGUAGCCAGCAUGGAUCUAGCUCAGGACAGUCUUCCAGCUAUGGACAACAUGGGUCUGGCUCAGGUCUGUCUUCCAGCUAUGGCCAACAUAUUUCUAGAUCAAGCCAAUCUUCUAGCCACAGACAACACAGAUUUGGCCAUGGCCCUCUAUUCAUGGCCAUCAUGGGUCUGGAUGGGGUCAGGCUUCUGGCUUUGGGCAACAUGGGUCUAGCUCAGGAGAGUCUUCUGCCUUUGAAUGUGGACCCGGCUUAGAUUAAUCAUCAAGUUCUGGACAGCAUGAAUCUGGAUAUGACCAAUCCUAUGGCUAUAGACAACAUGGUUCUGCUUCAGGACAGUCAUCAAGCUGUGGUCAAAACACAGUUGGAUCAGGUCAGUCUUCCCGUUAUGGUCAAUAUAUACCUGGAUCAGGUCAGGCUUCUAGCUAUGGCCGCUGUGGGUCUGAAUUAGGUCAAUCUUCUAGCUACAGUCAACAUAGGUCUGACUCAGGAAAGUCUUCUGGCCAUGUCCAGCAUGGCUCUGGCUCAAGUCAGUCCUCUAGCCAUGGCCAAUUUGGGUCUGGAUGGAGUCAGUCUUCUAGUUAUGGCCAACACAGAUCUGCCUCAGGUCGGUGUUCUACCCAGAGUCAACAUGGAUCUGGCUUGAGUCAGUAUUCUAGCUCUGGACAAUAUGGGUCUGGCUCAUGUCACUCAUCUUGCUCUGGACAAUAUGGGUCUGGCUUGUGUCACUCAUCUUGCUCUGAACAAUAUGGUUCUGGAUUUGGUGAGUAUUUUAAGCUAUGAGCAACAUGAAUUACAAGGGAGAUGUAGGUCAAGUUCAAGUGGAACUCAUGAUGGGUACAGGAGACCCUAAACAGGCUCAACUCCAAAUCAAUCAAGAAGAAACAGCAAGGAAUGGUCAGGGUACAGCCAAAAAGAAAGAAAUAGGAGUUGCAGCCCAUCAAGUAGCAAGUCAGAUGGAUAUGAGAGUAUUCAUGGACAAUCAAGAACAUGUAGGCAACAAAGCCAAGGAUGAAGCCAGGGUCAAAGGGAAUCUGGCUGUAGCCAUUCAAAUUGUAAUGAAGGACAACCAAGAAGCAGUUAUAGACAAGUAGAAAGCUCCUCAAGUUGUGGCUUUAGACAGUUUACACACACCUCGCCCCGCCCCCAUGGACAGUCUAGAUGCAAUACUACCAAUACAUUGUUCAUUUGCAAGGAGAAUAGACAGGUGACUAUCAUUAGCAGAGAGGAGGGAGUAACUGUGCAGGGUGAAAUACCAACUCAAGUUCCCACAGUUUCCGCAGCAGCACUCCACUCUGUGAAUAUGUCCAAGAGCAGAGGUGCUAAUUAGAGGAAUGAAUAAUAAGUAGAAAUGAAAUUAACUCAAGUAGCAAUUCAAGAAAUAGGAAACUAUGACAGGCAAGUGAUUCAUUAUGAAAUUUCUAAAAGUGGAUGUAUCUAUCUUUUUUAAACAUGUAACUGUAAUCAAUUCCUUGUUACACGGUUCCUUCCAAAGAAUGUAAGGAUAUGGGGGCUACUUUGUUACAAAAUAAAUAAUGUGUGGGAAUAAAUUUGGAAGAAUAAUGCAGAGCAUUUAAGGAGCUUGGGGUUUAGUUGAGGUGUCUUUUUGAGAGCUCCUUACUUAUUUUACAAUGCCAAAGCAAAGCUUUCAUCUCUAAAGAGCAAAAACAAUUAUAAAUGCAUUACCAGUUCUGGAACCAAAGCUUCUCUUACAGCAACAUGGACCAUAAUUUUUGGUGUGCCCCACAUUGGAUGGUGGCAGAAAGGAGAAGACCCUAAAAGUAAAGAUGUAGUUUCUUUGCUUAUCAAACCACCAAGCCUCUAUUCUUAGGUGCAUCUUUAAUCAGUAAGCCAACAAGAGGCAUUAAAACAGGUGCUUCUCCCUAGCCAGUGAGUGAGAACAUUAUUUCAUAAAGAGCAGGGAAGGAUCAAUUUAAAGGAUCCAAAUGUGGGCUCUGACUUGGUUUCAGCAAAAAAGAUCUUCCCCUCUACUCCUAAGAAUUUGUUCCAGGUUAAAAAAAAACUUUGGAAGAGCAAUAGCAAGGAAUUACAAUGGCUCCAAACUACUUCUGUAGUUCAUUGGCCUUUCUACAUAGGAAAAUGUCAUUUAUACCCAGAUGGAAAGGAAGACUAUGUGCCACAGCUGUAUAGUUUCUUGGUUUGACUGUAACAUAUCUGUUCCAAGCCUUUGGAUUCAAAUACCUGGACUGCAGUAAA